AUGACAUUGUAUAAAAUAGCAUCAAAUGUGCCCGUGCUUGGAUUGAAGAUUACUAAUAAAACAACUGUUAAAGGUGGCCUAUUAAAAAUACAACAUGCCAAAUCUUUGUCCACUUUUAGAACCCUCAGGUUACCAACUAAACAGAAAGAGUUAAGGACUUUAGAAGAUCUGGCUGAGUUAAAAAGUUUGGAUGAUGUCGAUCCCCAAUUAAUUAGGAAAUUGAUUAAUGAAAAGACAAGUGAAUUGAAUAUGAAAAAUGAAAUGAAUUUCUUAAAACAAAUGCAAAUUGAACAAGAUAAUAAUCAAUCAGUCCCAUUGAAACAAUAUAAUAGGGCUAUUUGGGUAUUUCUUUUGAUGAGUUCAUCUUUUUAUUUGAUGUUCCAUUUAGUUUGGUGGAAAUUAGAAUAUAAUGAAAAAGAAUUAAAAUUAAAACAAGAAUCAGAAGAAUUAGAACAUGAACUUCAGAGCAUUUUGAAUGAAAAAGAGGAACAAAAAUCGAAUAUUAUCCCAAAUAAUAAAGAUGUAACUAAACAAAAGCCAUGGUAUAAAAUUUGGUAG